AGCAGGCUGUGCGUUUGAACGAAUUCAUUAAAUUUUUAAGACCGGGCGGUGCCUUAAAAAAUAAUUCAUUUCGUUUUAGUUUGUCGUACGAUUUGUUUCUUAUUUGUGAAAGCUCGUCGAACGGAAGCAAAUCUCGCUUUACCCUUUUGAAAAAUAAAGGAAAAAGUUCGUAAAAAGCGAAAGAGCCGUCGAAAUCAACACGAAAAAGGAGUUCAAUAAAGAUCAUAUAGAAAAAUGGUUGCCGAUAACGUCGAUACUGGAGUGGCCAUUGCCGCUGCCGACCAGUCCUCGUCGCCUGUGAUCCCAAAGGACGAACUACCGGCAGGCAAUUACAUUCUGGUGGGCGUUGACAUAGACACCACUGGACGUCGUCUAAUCGAUGAGAUUGUCCAGCUGGCCGCCUACACACCCACCGAUCACUUCGAGCAGUACAUCAUGCCCUAUAUGAAUCUGAAUCCAGCUGCGCGUCAGCGCCAUCAAGUUCGUGUUAUUUCGAUUGGUUUUUAUCGUAUGCUGAAGUCGAUGCAGACCUACAAGAUCAUUAAAUCCAAGUCGGAAAUCGCUGCCCUAAAGGACUUCCUCAACUGGCUUGAGCAGCUGAAGGCCAAGGCGGGCUCCGGUUCGGACGGGAUUUUGCUGCUCUAUCACGAGGAGCGCAAGUUCAUUCCAUACAUGAUCUUGGAGUCGCUGAAGAAGUAUGGCCUACUGGAUCGCUUUACCAAGACGGUGAAGUCCUUUGCCAACAGCCUCAAUUUGGCCAAAGCCUCCAUUGGCGACGCCAACAUCAAGCACUACAGUCUGCGCAAGCUCUCCAAGAUCCUGUCCAAGAACAAAGAAGAUGCCGCCACUGGCUCUGUAUCUGCAUCUACAUCUGGAUCGGGCUCGGUAUCUGGAUCGACAUCCGCCAGCGACAGCACCAUGAUUGAUAGUAACGGCAGCAUAAAUGAGAAGCGUUCCCCCAAAAACGGCCUCCAGGUUGAGCGGGACCAGUUCGACGGAAACGCUAGUGUGCGCGCCAAACUGGCAUUUAAUGUGGCCCUUCAGCUGAGCAACUGUGACCGCAAACCGGAGCCGGAAUCUUCGGAAGCGUUGGAGAACAUGUUUACCGCACUAAAGCCAUUUGCCAAGCUGGUGGGAUCCGAUAUCCAGGAGCUGGAUACCCAGAACGAGAACCUGGAGCGCCAGAACUCGUUCCGCCCGGUGUUCCUCAACUACUUCAAGACCACGUUGUAUCAUCGAGUGCGUGCCGUCAAGUUCCGCAUUGUGCUGGCCGAGAAUGGGUUCGAUCUGAACUCCCUGAGUGUCAUUUGGGCGGACAAGCGCAUAGAGGGGCUGGACAUGGCCUUGCAGUCGAUUGGGACGAUUAAGAGCGAGGACAAAGCAGAGUUACUGGAGCUCCUGGACAGCUUCUUCGACCCCAACAAGACUACGAUCAAGCCGGUGGUCAAGUCGACCAACAACCGUCGUCGCAAUCGCCGCAGCACCGGUCAGCCAACCAAGAACGGAGGAGCAGUAAGCUCGCGAUCCGACAGUGCCGAGUUUGGUGCUGGAGGCGACAAGUCGCAGAGCGUGUCUUCGGUCCCGGACUCCACCACCAAGACGCCGUCGCCCAACAAGACGCCAUCUCGUCCACAGCGCAAACGCAACUCUCGUCAUAGUUUGGGUGGCACCAACAGCGGCCUGAAGGUAGCGGACUCCUCCGCCUCUUCAGACAAAGCUGAGCUCAACAAUACGGCACCAGCUGCCGUAUCCACCGUUGUGGCCUCACCAUCCCCAGUGGCCAUUGCGGCCUCUAACUAAUAAUGGUGGAUCUGUAAAUAAAAUCAAAACUUUGGAUGAGCAUAACACACUAGCAAAUAAGAGAUGACCAGAAAUGACUUGGGCGGAUAUAAAAAUAAUAUGCACAACUUAUCAUAAGAAAGUUGCGAACUUUUUUCCUUUUUGAAGAACUGGCACAGAUUAGAAACAAUAUCAAAAUUUCAGUGGAAGCUAAAUUUCCAGUGCACACUACCACACGCACGCUCACGAGCACGUCGAUGAAUGGACACUGUGAGUAAACCGUGACGUAAACAGUGACUGUGUAAUAGUGAUGACACAGCUUCAAUUGACUUAUUAAAAACGAGUGAACUGUUAAUCGAGACGUUGAGAACAAUCAUGUGCAGCAUAUGAGGAUGCUGCGCCCACUGUAAACACACGAGACCAGAGAUCGACACUUUGGAGCAACAUGCAAGCAUAUUUUAAGAACUGAUCGUACGAUUAUGAAUUUAUGUUGGAGAUGAAAAGAAAUUAUAUGACCAUAAUGACCAUAAUAUGAUUGUACAAAAAUGAUAAUCGCUACAGCGUUUAGGCAUAGUUUUCCAGGCGAGUUGAUGCACGAUGUCGUACCAGGAUGGGCGAUUGGAAAAAUAUGGGCCAAAGAAACACGUCGAUGAAAAUUUUACAUUGGACCGGCCUCUCGAACUACACUCGGAACCCUAUAAAUAUUAUAAGUCAAGACAGAGCCAGGCCUGGUCCAAUGUUGAAAACUUUCACUUUGAAGCUUAAACACACUGAACAUAAAGAAUAAUACAGUAAAACUUCACACGCACGCAUGCCACGCAACGUAAAAACACAAGUAAAAAGCGCGCGAUCAACGACACUUAUUUCGCACACUUUAAAAAAAAGAAAACAGAAUAAUGGAUGAAGAAGAAACUAUAAGCUGAAUUUCCAGUACAUGUCAACACAUUAGUAUUUCAAGCUGUAUUUCAUAAAUGUUUCAUGAUUGCAUUUUUUUUAAAUCCAAAAGCAAAUGUGAUGUUUAUGUAUAUAAAGGCGUGAAUAAACGAUUAGUAUGUAUAAGGUG